AUGGCUAAAUACAGAAUAUCAAUAUAUGGAAGAAAGCAAAGUGAGUGGGACAAUUUGGCAUGUUGGAUUGUAAACAAUGAAUUAUACAGUGAGAAUGUUGUCUGGUUGAUUCAGCUACCCCGACUUUACAACAUAUACAAAGAAAUGGGAUUGGAUUUGGUGGAUGAUGAGAGCAAGCCUGAAAGACGCCCUACAAAACACAUGCCAACACCUUCUCAAUGGACAAACAUCUUCAAUCCUGCAUUCUCAUACUAUGUCUAUUAUUGUUAUGCCAAUCUUUAUACCCUAAAUAAGCUUCACGAAUCAAAGGGCAUGACAACUAUUAGAUUUCGUCCUCAUUGUGGGGAGGCGGGUGACAUUGACCACUUAGCUACCUUAUUUCUUACAACUCACAACAUUGCACAUGGAUUUAAUCUCAGAAAAUCCCCUGUACUUCAAUAUCUAUACUACCUUGCCCAGAUUGGUCUUGCAACGUAUCCUUUAAGCAACAACUUGUUAUUUCUGGAUUACCAUCGGAAUCCUUUUCCAAUGUUUUUUCUACGUUGGCUUAAUGUUUCCCUAUCUACUGAUGACCCCUUACAAAUCCAUCUCACAAAGGGACCCUUGGUGGAGGAAUACAAUAUUGCUGCUUCUAUAGCACGUAAUUCCGUUUACCAAUCAGUUUUCUCCCAUGUUCUCAAGCUUACAAGUGAGCCACACAUGUCUCAUGGAAUGAUCAAUUUUGACUACAAGGUACUGACUAUCGGACUCAAUUCCAGCUUGGAAAUGGUGGUUUGCUUGGUGUUAGUUAUAUUCAGUGUCGACUUAGAGGCAAGAUUGACUCAACUGGCUGCACAUCUACUUUUCUUGAAGGAUCAUUUUAUGUUUCUUAAUUUUAUCAUCUCUGCUGAGCCGGAACACCACAUGGAUCAAAUAUCAUAUCUCAAGUGCGGUCCCACAUUCUUUGGAUGGAGAAAAGGGUCACAAGAAUUAUCGGAGCAGGGGUUCAUUGGUCUUAAAGAAUUAUGA